UAUCCCUCCGCCGGCGCGGUUGGGGCCUUGCCGUCCUCGCCGCCCGAGAGCACGCUUCACUCCUUCUCCCUCCGCGCAGCGGCUGCAGGAGGAGAAGAGCCGCGGGCAGAAGGGGGAGCCGGUGAAUGGGCUUGUGGUGACCCUCCCCGCCCCCGCUCCCGAACCCUUCCCCCGCCGCCGCCGCCGUCGCCAUGGAGCUGAUCACCAUCCUCGAGAAGACCGUGUCUCCCGAUCGCAAUGAGCUGGAAGCGGCGCAGAAGUUCCUGGAGCGAGCGGCCGUGGAGAACCUGCCCACUUUCCUGGUGGAACUGUCCAGAGUGCUGGCAAACCCAGGAAACAGCCAGGUGGCCAGAGUCGCAGCUGGCCUACAGAUCAAGAACUCUUUGACGUCAAAGGAUCCGGACAUCAAGGCCCAGUAUCAACAGAGGUGGCUCGCCAUCGACGCGAACGCCCGCAGGGAGGUCAAAAACUACGUUUUGCAGACUCUAGGGACGGAAACCUACCGGCCGAGUUCCGCCUCCCAGUGCGUGGCCGGCAUCGCCUGUGCAGAGAUUCCAGUGAACCAAUGGCCCGAACUCAUCCCCCAACUGGUGGCCAACGUCACCAACCCCAACAGCACAGAGCAUAUGAAAGAGUCAACGUUGGAAGCAAUUGGUUACAUCUGCCAGGACAUCGAUCCUGAGCAGCUGCAGGACAAAUCCAAUGAGAUCCUGACUGCCAUAAUCCAGGGGAUGAGGAAAGAAGAGCCCAGUAACAAUGUGAAGCUAGCAGCCACCAAUGCACUCCUGAACUCAUUGGAGUUCACCAAAGCAAACUUCGACAAAGAGUCCGAGAGGCACUUUAUUAUGCAGGUAGUCUGCGAAGCGACCCAGUGUCCAGACACAAGGGUCCGAGUGGCUGCGCUACAGAAUCUGGUGAAGAUAAUGUCCCUGUAUUAUCAGUACAUGGAGACGUACAUGGGCCCUGCUCUCUUCGCUAUUACAAUCGAAGCGAUGAAAAGCGACAUCGACGAAGUGGCCCUGCAGGGAAUAGAGUUCUGGUCCAACGUGUGCGACGAGGAAAUGGAUCUGGCCAUCGAGGCGUCCGAGGCGGCAGAACAAGGCCGGCCUCCCGAACACACCAGCAAGUUUUAUGCCAAGGGAGCUCUCCAGUACCUCGUCCCCAUCCUCACGCAGACGCUAAGCAAACAGGACGAAAACGACGACGACGACGACUGGAACCCCUGCAAAGCGGCGGGCGUGUGCCUCAUGCUGCUGGCCACCUGCUGCGAGGACGACAUCGUCCCCCACGUGCUGCCCUUCAUCAAAGAACACAUCAAGAACCCCGACUGGCGGUACCGGGAUGCCGCCGUCUUGGCCUUCGGCUCCAUCUUGGAAGGGCCGGAGCCCAAUCAGCUCAAGCCCCUGGUCAUCCAGGCGAUGCCCACUCUAAUAGAACUAAUGAAGGACCCCAGCGUGGUGGUCCGAGACACCACGGCCUGGACGGUGGGCCGGAUCUGCGAGCUGCUCCCCGAGGCCACCAUCAACGACGUCUACCUGACCCCCUUGCUGCAGUGUCUGAUCGAAGGCCUCAGCGCGGAGCCCAGGGUGGCUUCGAACGUGUGCUGGGCCCUCUCGAGUCUAGCGGAAGCUGCCUACGAGGCUGCAGACGUAGGUGAUGAUCAGGAAGAACCAGCUACCUACUGCUUGUCGGCGUCGUUCGAACUAAUAGUGCAAAAACUCCUGGAGACCACCGACAGGCCCGACGGACACCAGAACAACCUGCGGAGUUCCGCCUACGAAUCCCUGAUGGAAAUCGUGAAGAACAGUGCCAAAGACUGUUACCCCGCCGUGCAGAAGACAACGCUCGUCAUCAUGGAGCGGCUGCAGCAAGUGCUUCAGAUGGAGUCCCACAUCCAGAGCACGUCGGACCGGAUCCAGUUUAACGACCUCCAGUCUCUGCUGUGCGCCACUCUCCAGAACGUGCUCCGGAAAGUGCAGCACCAGGACGCCCUGCAGAUCUCAGAUGUGGUCAUGGCCUCCCUGUUACGGAUGUUCCAGAGCACGGCCGGCUCGGGGGGCGUGCAGGAGGACGCCCUGAUGGCCGUUAGCACGUUGGUGGAAGUGUUGGGUGGCGAGUUCCUGAAGUACAUGGAUGCUUUCAAGCCUUUCCUGGGCAUCGGGUUGAAGAACUACGCCGAGUACCAGGUUUGCCUGGCAGCGGUGGGCCUGGUGGGAGAUUUAUGUCGAGCUCUGCAGUCCAACAUCUUACCUUUCUGUGAUGAGGUCAUGCAGCUGCUGUUGGAGAACUUGGGGAACGAGAAUGUACACAGAUCAGUGAAGCCUCAGAUCCUCUCCACGUUUGGUGAUAUCGCUCUUGCCAUCGGGGGAGAGUUUAAGAAGUAUCUAGAGGUGGUAUUGAAUACCCUCCAGCAGGCGUCCCAAGCCCAGGUGGACAAGUCUGAUUAUGACAUGGUGGACUAUCUGAACGAGCUGAGGGAAGGCUGCCUGGAAACCUACACCGGAAUCAUUCAGGGACUGAAGGGAGACCAGGAGAACGUGCACCCGGAUGUGAUGCUGGUACAACCCAGAGUAGAGUUUAUUCUGUCCUUCAUUGACCACAUCGCUGGAGACGAAGACCACACGGACGGCGUCGUGGCUUGUGCUGCUGGCCUGAUAGGGGAUUUGUGUACGGCAUUCGGGAAGGAUGUGCUGAAAUUAGUAGAGGCUAGGCCCAUGAUCCAUGAACUGUUAACUGAAGGGCGAAGAUCCAAGACUAACAAAACAAAAACUCUUGCUACCUGGGCCACGAAAGAACUGAGGAAACUGAAGAACCAAGCUUGAUCUUCGUCUAAUUGGGAUGGUACCCGAGGCCCCCCCACUGGAAAAAUCUCCAAUCUUAUGAAAAAAAACCCGGAAGCAAGGAGUGUGCGCGGAUGCUGAAUGUUUGGGAAUGAGAGGAUGAGUGAGUGAGGCUUGAACACACCACAUUGAAACCCCGGCCCGGCGGCCCCUAGCCGUGCCGUUAGUGAGCCGCGCGCUGACUUGCGUAGAACACCGCACCACCGGCUGUCUCGGAAAAGAGAAAACGGCAGAUUUCCGGGCCAGAGCGAGAAGGAGGGCCUUCUCUUCCCGAGAGAGGCGAGAACUCUUUUCUGUCUUUGGGCCAGCGUGGAGUGGAGUGACUAGCUGGAGAGGAGGUCCCGGGUUCAACUGUGGUGCUUUGUUGUUAGACGCCUGGCCUUUGCUACUGAAGAGAGAGAGAGAGAGAGAGCGCGAGAGAGAGAGAGAAAGAGAUGGAGUCUGGGUCUGCAGCCCACCUUCGGGGUCCUUUUGCCCCAGGGCACUGUCCGCGUGGGGACUGAAAGGAGGGAGAGGGAUUUUUUUUCAGUCUACGAGUGAAUGUGUGUGAGUGAGACGGAAUCCACAUUCUCAACUUCAAGUCAUUGCAGUCUAUCUCCCAGGAAAAACACAUAAACGCACAUACACACCCACACACACACACCCACACCAAAAGGGUUAGAAGUUGCAUUUCCUAAACUAACCGAAGUUGUCUACUGAUGCAGCACAAGAGAUGUGAAAAGGCAGAAAGCAAGAAAGGAAAGCCACCCUGGUGGUUUGUUGUCUUUUUUUUUUUCUUUCUUUCUUUUUUUUUUUUUUUUUUUGUUGUUAGAGGGGUGACCGUGGCACCCUGGCCCCACGUGACGCUUCUCGUGAUUCCCCUACGUGGCGCCUUUACUUCUAGGGUUCAACUGUGAAUGUAGAAGUGGGGAAAAGAGAAAGACAGCCCCGGGGUUAGAGAAAUUAGAAAAAUAGCACUGUCAGAGACAAAAAACAAAAAGCCCCACCACGACCCAUUCAAACCAAAUUCAAUGUUCAGAAUUGGCAGAGUCGAAGGGAACACUCUCUCCUGACUUGUACUAUGGCAGCCUGCCCCCUAAAUUGUGCCAAAGAGUUUAAAAAGCAAAACCAACACACGAACAAAAAUACAGAGUACAGCAAACUUCAGGUAACUAUUUUGGAUUGCAAACUGGGGAUAAAUUUAAAUGUCAAACAAAAUCUGAUAAAAUACCCUUUGGAAACUGCUUGGCCUUCUGUUCUCUUUUAUUUGAUUUGAUUGACUCCACUGUAGUAGUGAUCUCUUGCUGCACUCGCAAACCAACAAAACAACCCCGCUGCCCACCCACUGUAUAUAAAUAUAUACAUACAUAUAUAUAUAUAUAUAUAUAUAUACCGACUUCAGCUCUCCUGACGGAACAAACCGGCACUUGUCAGAGGUUAUAUUUUUCCACUGCAGUAGAAGAUUAAUAAAGCGGUGUCAAAUGUUUCCCCAGAACUUAGCUCUGUCUCCAAGCUUUUGGUCUUUCCAGUGAAAAGGUGGGGAAGCCUAUUCCCAGACAGGCAAAAAUGGAGACACAAGGCUCUGAAGGGCAGGAUGCUGGCUCACCGGGCCUUCUGCUUCUCUGUUUAGGGGUGAUGGGUGGGGGCAGAUCCACUUCCAUCAAAUCAAGCCUUUAUGCAGGCCAGAGGGGAAAGGCGGGGCGACCUGGCUCUUCGUCCCUGGAGUCUUUUGGCAAUAAGGGACAGGGGAACAGUGAUGACUUGACUCUCUCCCCCCCCCCGCCCCCAGCCCCACGGUGCCAUUUGGGGGAUUUUUUUUUCGGCCAGUGCCUGAAGGGUGGGCUGCUAUAAUGUAAAACCCUGGAAAUUGCUUUUUAGGAGGGCCUGCCUGUGGGGAAAAGUGGGGUGUAGAGGGAGGAGAAGCCAGUCUUCCCCCUCCACAGCUGACCCAACAACUCAAAAGAAAGGGGCUUAAGCCUUCUGCCCAGAUGAACGUAAUGAGCUGAAAUGGGUCCCACCCUGCACUGCAGCAUCUUAAAAGCUCUCAUACAGGGUAUCAGAUAAUGUGCCUUUUUCCGUGCCAGGUUCAGAAUCCGAUCAAUAGAUCGGUUUAAUCAAUGGACGUUUUGACCUCUAAUGAGCGGCCCGGGUGUUGGCUGGGCUGAGGAGGAGUGCCUCUCACCAGCUCCUGAGCCCUGGUUAGCAAAGGGCCUGACUCUCUUAAUUGGCAGUGUCUUUUUCCUUUUGUAUUUGAUUUUUUUAUUUCUCCUGCUCGAGAGGAAGGGGUGAGGUUAUCGCUAACCAAAAAUUCCCGGGAGUUAGGAGAGGAGUGAGGUGAGCUGAGACAGCGGCAUCUGAUCAUUCGACAGUGCUACCCACUUCUGCCCUGUGUAGCCGGCGAGCUGUAGACAGCAGGAGAAUAAAGUACACGGAGAACCAAAGUGGAAACAAACCUUUCAUGUGUCUGUCGUGUUUUGUUCCAGAGAAGCUGCUGUUCGAGCUAUAUCCCAGACCUGUUGAGUGGUGGAGAGAGGAGGAUAGGCAGAUCUGUUCCAUAGCUCUGGUCACGUUUUGGCUCCCGGUGGGAGUGACCGUCCUCUGACUCGAUUUUUUUUUUUUCUUGCUUAAUUUGCGGCCAGUGUGGCACCCGGGAUGUGGAAGGUGCCUAGCGGGCCCCUCUACCCCCACUCGCCCGCCCGGCCUUCCCCUCUCUCUCCUUUGAAAUGACCCAGCUGCGUGAGUGUGUGAUUGCUGCUUGUCAGGAAAGGUGUGCCCGGAGAGACAGGUGAGCGAGAGGGUGUUACGCUAGAGCUGUAGACUUCACAGCCUCCCCUACCCCGGCCCGGCCCCCACUAGCCCUUAUCAUGGUUAUGUUUGUUCCGCUUUGCUCUGUUCCUUUUCCCGCCCCCACCCAUCGCGUCCCGAUCCCCCGCACCCCGUCUCCCUCAGCCAUUCAUCUUAGCGUCAGUUGUCAAAGGCGUUGGCCCUUGAGACUUGGCCCACAGGGAAGAAAUUUUGGUCCUAGUGUAAUCUUUGCUAGUGCCCAUUUUAUGCAGCUCUUAGUAUUUUAUCUUUCAGAACCAAGCCACCGAUUUAACUUUCUCCCCCUGCAUCAAACGAGCGAUAGUUUGGCCUACAGAGGAACCCAAACUCCUGGCGUCCUCGGCUUCCGAUAGCAGCACGGCUCCGGUGGGUCCUCGUUCUCCCCUUGGGCCCCGAGCCUGUCCUUCCGUCCGUCUGUGAUGGCCUUAGUGACCUGCUAAGAACAGUUCUCUUGAGUCUGGCAACUAACCAAAACUGGUACCACCACUUUCUUGAUCUUGAAAUAAAAGUCCGCUUUAUUUUUAUUUUCAA